GAGUCUCUGCUUUAAUUUCACAAUAAAAGAUAGAAUUACAAUUGCUCGGGUUGAAGAUGGAAGAGACAGUGUAGGAAUCGCUGACGAAUACUCAAUUGACUAACGCGGUAAGGCUACGUUUAGAAGGCAGCCAUCUUGCUAUCCCUAAUCAAAGAUCUUCGGCUAGCGGCUAUCGCUGUCUGGUUUUCAGCCGGUUAAUAUCAACACACAGUUCAACAAAUGGCUUUAAAACGAAUUAAUAAGGAACUUCAGGACCUUGGAAGAGAUCCACCUGCGCAAUGCUCUGCUGGUCCUGUAGGAGAUGAUUUAUUCCAUUGGCAAGCAACUAUUAUGGGACCACCUGACAGUCCAUACCAAGGGGGCGUAUUUUUCCUUACAAUUCAUUUUCCCACAGAUUAUCCAUUCAAACCACCUAAGGUUGCUUUUACAACCAGAAUUUAUCAUCCAAAUAUCAACAGUAAUGGAAGUAUUUGUUUGGAUAUUUUAAGAUCGCAAUGGUCCCCUGCACUCACCAUAUCAAAGGUUUUACUAUCAAUAUGCUCCUUGCUUUGCGAUCCAAAUCCAGACGACCCUCUGGUACCAGAGAUAGCAAGGUUAUACAAAACUGACAGGGAGAAGUACAAUGAAUUGGCACGUGAAUGGACGCGCAAGUAUGCCAUGUGAUGCGCCAAUCUUCGUUGACUUCAACAUCUAAAAACCACCAACAAGCAGCCCCAGCCUAUUGCCACUUAUGCAUCAGCACCGAUUGAAAUUAGCUAUGGCUCGUCUACUUUAAAACUUAAGCCAGUACUCGGGCUCGAAGAAUGCUCAGACAAACGUGAUCAAUCUGAAGUUCCCUUCGUCCCGAGAGGCCUGCGAAUAUUGAGACGUUGCCACAAUGGCAAUUGAGGCAAUUUGAAAGGUGGUCACAUAACAUUAUAUAUAUAUAUAUAAAAAUCAGGAAAAAAGAAACAUGUCCGCUUUGAUUUUCAUAAAUAAAAAUGGAAGUAAAAUAUAGGAGAGUGAAAGUAGGAUUUGUAUUUGAAUUUAAUAGUUUAAUUUCUAAUUAUUGUGCUUAUAAUAUCGUAAUAUUAUAUACCUACUUUCUCAGUGAAAUGAAAACCUUGAACUGACAGCACACCAAUUGUUAGUUUUAACGCAAGUGAGCAAUGUUUGCCCGUCCCUUGGAACGAUGCGGUCACUUUUUUGUAAGACUGGGCUAUAUAUAAAUACUACUGAAACUAUA